UGUGACUACCUUUCCAAAAUCAUGUUCUUCAUUGUAAAAAGUUUUGCUCCCAAAGCAGCGUCUGUCUUACAAAUCUCGAGAUCUUUUCAGAAAAAAAAAACUCGUAGACAAUGUAAACACCGUGAUCACAUAUUUUUCAUUAAGGUUCUGUCGUGCGAUACGUUCGCCAAUGUUCUCUACCUUGAUUCUGGCGGAACUGAGCUGGUGCUACCACACAGUCUUUACAAAAUUCUUCCAAUGCACUGUAACUAUCCACCUAUGUGCAUGCAGUUGUGUAUGUACGGCGUCGGUCCAAGUAGCGCAGAUACAUCCACUGAUUGGCCAGAAGGUGCAAAGACGCUGUGGAGGAAACUACUCCGUGAAGAUCUUCCCAUGGCGAUAUCUGUUAUAAGUAAGACUGAUCACUUAUUAUUUCAGUUUCUUUUAAACCAUAUCGACAAUUGA